AAACAGAAAACUUGUGAGUAUUGGCCGCUGUAUCUUUCCCACGAUUAACGUUUUAAUUGCUUUUAUGUUCCUUAAAUCUUUUUCCAGUUCUCGCAGAAUUAAGGUUGUCCUUCAAUAGCGUCUUCAGUUUGUCCCCCUGAGAACAUUUAACUUAUAAAGAAGGGCCAUGCAAAUGAAUCCAAUGGAGCAUGCUCAGUUCCUGUUUCAUUUAACUUAUUCCUAGCUACUUUGGCCUCAUCCCAUUGAAAAAAUGGUCCAAAUCUUGGUACAGUCUCUAAUUCCUCUCUCUGUCUUCCUCAUGAUGAAAAUCUGCACACCGCAAGCUGAGGUCGUGGUGCCAAAAAAUGCAACAAUCUCUGCCAUUUUCAUGUUCGGCGACUCCAUAGUGGACACAGGCAACAACAACCACCUCGUUACUCUGGUUAAGAGUAAUUUUCCUCCAUAUGGAAGGGAUUUCAUGGGAGGAAAACCAACCGGGAGGUUCAGCAACGGCAAGGUUCCCGCGGACCUCUUCGCGGAGAAACUGGGGAUCAAAGAGCUGUUGCCCGCAUUUCUGGACCCAAACCUGCAACUUCAAGACCUCAUUGGAGGUGUCAACUUCGCCUCGGCCGGUGCAGGAUUCGAUCCUCUUACGUCGGAACUCGUGCUCGCCAUACCGAUGUCGAAACAACUACAACUCUUUGAUGAGUACAAAACAAAGCUGAAGAGCUUUGUAGGAGAGGAGAGAGCGGAUUAUAUUGUCACCAACGGCCUGUAUAUUGUGAGUGCAGGGAGCGACGACAUUGUGAAUACGUAUUUCCAUACCCCAACCCGGAUAUUUGAGUACAGCGUUUCUUCUUACACGGAAUUUUUGGUGCGUUCGGCUUCAUCCUUCUUGCAGGAACUCCAUGCAAAGGGUGCUCGGAGGAUCAGCGUCUGCAGCUUGACUCCCCUCGGGUGCAUACCCUCACAGAGAACUCUGGCCGGUGGAAUCAAGAGAAGAUGUGCAGAGGGUUACAAUAAAAUGGUUCAACUGUUCAAUUCAGAGUUGUCAUCCGAGUUGCGUCGCCUCAAUGGAGCCUGCCCUCAUGCCAGGAUGGCCCUUCUCGAUGUCUACGGCCUUGUAUUCGACAUGGUGAAGAAUCCCAGAAAAUAUGGUUUUGAAAUCUCGGACCGAGGGUGCUGCGGUUCUGGUCUAAUAGAGACAGGGUUUUUGUGCAACCGGUGGAAUUUCUUGACAUGCUUGAAUGUCUCAGGAUAUGUGUUCUGGGACAGCUAUCAUCCCGCUGAAAAUGUCUACAAGAUCAUGGUCCAGAAGAAGCUGGGGAAGCUCCUGAUCGACCUAUACUCGUGACGACGACAAUGAUCUUUUACUAUUCUCUUCAUAUUGCGGACGAGGAUUAAUUCUUGUAUGUUGAGGAACAUAUAUAAGUAUACUCUUUGAUAUGACGGACACGGAAUGGUAGAUAGACAUCAUCUUCAUUUGUUGGUUAUGUUCGAAUACAAGUGAUCAUGUUUUAUAAAUGACUUCAUUGCUACCUUAUUUCACAUACCACUCAUCUAGCAUUUGACUCAAAACUCCAGAUCUAUAUAAUAAAGGUCUGCUAAAUAUUUUAAACAAGAAACAAGCAUACCGAAUUUGGUCAUGUAUGAACCUUCAAAGUAUCUAUGUAAUUAUGUCACGAAAUCCAUUCAUCAUAUCCAAAAAUCCAAGCUCAAUUCUAUUUAUCAUCCAAUUUGUGAUUGGAUGUCUUCUGGCUAUACUGGAAUUUGGGCACAGAGAUAUACUUCGCUUACGUCUUUGCACACCCAUUUGAUUGAUUCUCUAACGGUCUUACCAUUGAAUCGCCGCCUCCUUUCAAAGCAUCUAGUUUUAGUCUUUGGAAAUGAUACCAUCUUAAGCGGGUUUUUAUCAUCUUAUCUUACGGGCGCUCCAACUUUUCAAGGAUGUCCGUUUUCGAGCUACAUCAAUUCUCAAGCAAUCACAUCCGCCAAACAUCUUCAAAUCGCUUCUGCAUAUUCUAUACCUUGAAAUACAAACAUCCACCUCCCAGUGUGGCUGGUGUGAUGAUCUUUCCAGAGGGCAGUGCUACAUACUUCACAAGAUUUUGCACUUCAUCAUCCCUAUUUUACUGUCCAUUUCCAUGGAAGAUCUGAAAACCGCAGAUGUCGACUCCCUUUUCUAUCCAGGAUCCUCCUUUAUGAGGCUUGAAUUAGCUAUAUAGAAACAUCGUGCAGACCGAAAUUGGCUAGCUUAGUUGUUUUAUGCCGUCAUAUUCACCUUUGUUUUGGUUUUUUCUUGCAGGACUUGUGUUGGUCAUUUGUGUCAUCUUUGUAAUGUAUAAAUUACGAUUCGAUGUGAUACUACAGAUCAAAACAUGUCAAGCAUGUCGUCUUCGGGUCGAUCAUAGUCGC